UUGACUUUCUUGUUGCGCAUAAGCAAGGCACCAUUCCGUUUCCAAAGUAACCAAUACACAAACAAAACAAACAAUUUAAAGUAGCAUGAAUUAAUUGUCCAAUUAUUAUUCUAAAUAAAAAAUAUAUUAUUAUUAACCUUAAUCUUGUGUAACUACUAAGUUUUUUAAUUUCAAUUUGUAUUUAAUAAUUAACAAACUAUGAAAUUUAAAAUAUCAAAAUGUGGCAACAACAGUGAGCCCAAUGAAAAAAUAAAUUGUAUUGCUUGGAGUUCAGCAGAAGAAAUAUAUUCUUAUGGAGAAAAUCAUGCUCUAAAAAAAUGGUGUUUAAAAAGUGGCAGUGUACAAUCCACAACAACCGUGCAAUUUUCAAAUGAAUUUUAUCCAACUCAUAUACAAUGGCAUCCUCUAUCACCAUCAGCAUUAUCUCCAAAUAUUAAAAGUCAAUCACUCGAUGUUCUUUUAAUUACAUCAGCAGAUGGUAAAUUUUAUUUUGUCAAUAGAAAUGGAAGAAUCGAAAAAGUUGUUGAUGCUCAUAAAGGUGCUAUACUAGUUGGUCAAUGGGUUUUUGAUGGCUCAGCAUUAUUAACUGCUGGUGAAGAUGGAACAAUUAAAAUUUGGUCAAGAAGUGGAAUUUUACGUUCAACAAUUGUACGAGGAACACAGCCAAUUUUAGCUGCAAGUUGGAGUCUAGAUUGUACAUCUGUAUUAUAUUCACAAGGAACACAAUUGAUAUUACAAUCAAUAAAUACAACAACAAAACCAAUCAAGUGGUAUGCACAUGAUGGACUAGUGCUUACAUUAUCAUGGAAUAAAAAUAAUGGAUUGAUAGUUUCUGGUGGUGAAGAUUGCCGAUAUAAACUUUGGGAUAGUAAUGGUAAUCAAUUAUUCAGCAGUGGAGUUGUUGAGUAUCCGAUAACAGCUGUUAGCUGGUGUCCAAAUGGAAUGUCAUUUGUCGUUGGAUUUUAUGACACAAUUAAACUUUGUGAUAAAGCUGGUUGGGUCCACUCGAUGCAAAAAAUUGAUGGUGGUUCUAUCAAUAGUAUUGCAUGGUCAAAUGAUGGCACACAAUUAGCAAUGACAUGUGGAAAUUCAUACAUUAUUACAGCUCAUUUAAUUGAUCGAAGUUUGGAAUGGAACAAUCACAUUGCUACACUUGUCAGUAGAAAAGUAAUCGAAAUAACUGAAGUUAAAAGUGAACACACUGAAAGUUUCGAAAUAUCAGAUAAAGUAUUACAUUUUGAAUUUGCAUAUGAUCAUCUUGUUGUAGUAACACCAAGUCAAUGUCAUAUUUAUUCAUCAACAAAUUGGAAUACACCAGUUAUUUUUAGCCUAAAAAAUAUAGAAAUUACAGCUAUUAUUUUAGCAGACAAACACUUUCUAUUAAUCGAAUGGAACAAUUUAACUCUUUACAAUUAUCAGGGCCGACGUGUAACUGUUCCAAAAUGGAAAGGAAUGCUUCAAGAUUCAUUGAACAUAUCAUGUAUUGCCUUGUGCUCAAGUGCACUAUUUGUUCAGGAUCAGACUGACAAAAAAAUACUACACAUACUUGAGCUAUCAAGUAACAAACCAGUAUUAAGAUCACAACAAUAUGUUCAUUCAAAAAAUAUUGUUGAAAUCACAGUUAGUACAAUAAUCGAUCAAAAUUUACAUCAAGUCGCUAUGAUUGAUACAAAUUCUGAUUUAUAUUUAUUGACAACUGGAUUUAAUGGAUUUGAACGUGUUCGAAAAAUAGCAUCCAUGGCACAGAGUAUUGCAUGGGCAACAGAUGCCCAUGUUUUAGUAGCUAUUCAAGACGCUACUUUAUCAAUUUGGCUAUGGCCAAGUUGCAUUCGUUUUAAUAAUAAAAAAACAAUUCAAAGCACACGUGUAGAUAAAGAAAUUAAUGAAUUUGGAAAACAACCAAGUAUAGUACGUGUUCAUAAUGGAAUAGUGACAAUUAGAAGAAGUGAUGGUGCUUUGGUUUCAACUGCAUGCUAUACAUUUUUUAUGAGCUUUCAUCAGUAUGUUACUUCGGGAAAAUGGCAAAAAGCAUUAUCACUUUGUAGAAUUGUACAGAAUGAACUUUUAUGGACAUGUCUGGCUAUUGGAGCUAGCGAAAAAAAUGAAAUAAGUGCAGCUGAAGAAGCCUACUCGGCUAUAGAACGAUAUGAAGAAGUUGAAUAUAUACAACGAUUACAAAAUCAAGUUGUUGGUAAAACGAAAAAGCUUAUUAAUUAAAAUCAUGACAAUAAAAAAGACUGUUAAUUAUAAUUAAUAUAAAACAAGCUGAAAAAAAUUUUAAAAUUAAUUUAUAAUUCAAAAAAAUGUUCUGUUUUAAAUAAAAACCAAAAAAAUAAG